UCGCAUGCGCUGUUUUCCACAAGCGGCAUCGUUCGAGUAGAGUAGCUAAACUAGCUGAAUCAUUUGGCUGAAGUGUUCUCUUUUAUUGUCAUUGUACGUGUUUUGCGAGGCUAUGGCGGCCAGAUAUGAUAGAGCUAUCACCGUCUUCUCCCCGGAUGGUCAUCUCUUCCAAGUGGAGUACGCACAAGAAGCUGUAAAGAAAGGCUCCACUGCGGUGGGAAUCAGGGGCAAAGACAUUGUCGUCCUCGGAGUAGAGAAAAAAUCUGUAGCGAAGCUUCAGGAGGAGAGAACUGUCCGCAAAAUAUGCGCCCUGGACGAGCACGUCUGCAUGGCGUUUGCAGGACUAACGGCUGACGCUCGCAUUGUGAUAAACAGAGCGCGGGUCGAGUGUCAGAGCCACAGGUUAACUGUGGAGGAUCCUGUCACUGUUGAAUACAUCACACGCUACAUCGCCACCCUGAAACAGCGUUACACUCAAAGCAAUGGUCGUAGGCCAUUUGGCAUCUCCGCUUUGAUUGUGGGCUUCGACUAUGAUGGCACCCCCAGGCUGUAUCAGACAGACCCAUCAGGAACCUACCAUGCCUGGAAGGCAAACGCAAUUGGCCGUAGUGCCAAAACUGUGAGGGAGUUUCUGGAGAAGAACUACACAGAUGAAGCCAUCGCUGGAGACAAUGAGGCAAUCAAGUUGGCAAUCAAGGCUUUGCUUGAGGUUGUCCAGUCAGGGGGGAAAAACAUUGAACUUGCUGUCAUCAGACGGAAUCAGCCACUCAAGAUCCUUGAAUCCAAGGAGAUUGAAACCCUGGUGGCCGAGAUCGAAAAGGAAAAAGAGGAAGAGGCAGAAAAGAAGAAGCAGAAAAAGUCUACUUGAAAUACUCUAAGGGUUUUUUUUUAAUUGCACUUGGAAGUAUUGGUAGCUUUUAGGUAAAGAGGGGUUGUAACGCAUCCUCAUAUAUUUGACUGUAAAGAAGUGAAUCCUAACUUGAGAUCUGUUCAUAUAUACCGCACCAGACGUCCUAUACCUCCAGCUGUUUAAGUGUGUAAAUACUCACAUCCAAGCAGGUCUCAAGUUAGGCUUCUAAUGCUUUAACGAUAAGCUUCCAUGACACUUUUCUAUCAUGCAUCAAAAACAGUUCAGAUGGUGACAAUUAUCACAUGUUGAAAAUAGACCGUUCAAAAUUGUAGUAGAAAUACUUCUCAAUAAAAGAUGACUUGUUUAUAAAGUAUCGUU